AAGCAACCUCAAGAACGUUGCUUCGUUCACAUACCAUGUCUGAAAUUGACGAUAACAUCGGUCCUUUGCCAACUGAAUGUUCAAACGAAAUCGACAAUAAUGAUGAAAAUGGACGUGGUGAUGAUACAGUUGGUCCUUUACCAACUGAAAUGAUACAGUCUCAGGAAGAUGCUUGUGAAAACGAUGAUACUGUCCAAGUUCCUAAAAAGAAACGUAAAGUACUUAAAGAUGAAGCAAUUUACCUACGAAAUAUUCCAACGGCUCAAUACUAUGAAAUAAGCUAUAUGCAUAGAAAUGUGAUUACACAUGUUGCCUAUUCGAAAACUCACUAUUUGAUGACUUGUAGCAAUGAUGGUCAUUUUAAAUUCUGGAGAAAAGCUGAUGGUGUCGGACUAGAGUUUAUCAAACACUACCGAGCACAUUUAGGAGCCAUUCUUGGCUUAUCAGUUAGCUGUGACGGUGAACUAGCCUGUACUGUUGGUGAUGAUAAAACUGCCAAGGUUUUUGAUGUCAUUAAUUUUGGUGAGUUUUCAACAGACUUAUAA